GUAUUGGGUUUUGGAGUGAUCUGGUGGUCAGCUACAACAGUUUUGACACCUAUUGCUGCCAGAGUUGGGCUUCCUUUCUUGCUUGUCAUGUCUGCCUUUAUGGGGAUUGGUGAGGUUAGCCUAUUCUUAUGCUCCUUUGAGGUGCUUUUAUGGUUUACUGGACUAUGAUGAGCUUCACAUUCCCGCGUUUCAUCCUUCAAUUUGGGGUUUCUUCCAAGUCCUCUUCAACCAUCUCCAGAAACCAUGGUUUUUUUGUCUUCUCCACCAACAAAAGAAGAUAUAGUACACCUAAACCCUUAUUGACUCAACAGUCAAGUGAAGCAGAGUUACUGGUGGUGGUUGGCGGUGGAGCAGCAGGAAUUUAUGGAGCAAUUAGGGCUAAAACCAUUGCACCAAAUCUGAAUGUGGUUGUUAUUGAAAAGGGGAAGCCCUUGUCAAAGUUUAAAAUUUCUGGAGGUGGCCGAUGCAAUGUGACAAAUGGGCAUUGUAGUGACAAUUUGAUUUUGGCAGAACAUUAUCCUAGGGGUAAUAAGGAACUAGGCUCUUUCUUCAGUAUGCAUGGUCCCAAGGAUACCGUGUCCUGGUUUUCUGAUCUUGGGGUGAAACUGAAGGUCAUCUAGAAACUACACACUUUUGCUUUCUUUCUUCUAUUUCAUUUAUGCUGUUAAUGUUUUCUUUUACAAUAUCAUGAAUUGGCUUCAGCCAUUUAUGCUUAGAAUCAAGUGUUACCAUUCUGGUGUCAGAUUGAGGAUGAUGGAAGGGUAUUUCCAGUCAGUAACAACUCAUCUUCUGUAGUCGAUUGCCUUUUGUCAGAAGCAAAGCAAAGGGGAGGUAUGUAUUUGUAUUAACUAUUGCAUGUACCGUCUGUGUACUUCUCUUACUAUAUUUAUUUUCAUAGUUCAAUUUAUUUAGCUUUUUCGGUAGAUGCUGUUUGGACCCUUUUUUCCACCAAACCACAG